AUGACAAAACCCGUCUCUGUUCGUCUGUGGCGUCACGCACUCUACGAAGCCUACGGCAACAUACCUGGAUCACGGAAGUUUGAUGGCGACUGCGAACCGAUUCAUGACGUCGAGGUGCUGUUGAACGGCGCGAUCCUGAAACUUCACCGAUCGAUACUGAUUCACGCCACGCCAUACUUUGCGGACGCGAUCCUAGCAUCUAAACCCAACGAGAUGUUGCGAAUCGACUGUAGCGACGGCUGCGACGACUCCCGGUACAUCCAAGCGCUGAUCGAGGCCGCCUACUGCGGAUCCAAAGAGUUCGACGUUUUCCAGGCGUCCGAAAUCGUCGGGUUAGCACGCGAAUGCGCCAAGCAUCGGACGUCGAUGCCGGCCAGAUUGGUGUGCGUGUAUCCCGUAUUCAGGCUUGACGCACGACCCACCGCUCCGGGCAGCGUUGGCACACGCCAACGACAAUAUGCAGCCAAGGACGAUCCGAAGGAGAUGCGGGCGCUCAUCGAUGUCAUCAACGCAUCGCUCUACAUCCAGCUCAUCGACACCAUCGACUGGGAGUGGCGGCACGUGGGACCGUGGUUCUGUAAGGCCAUUGACGGACUACGUCAUCCUAUUUGGAACUAUCAUUUCGAGUAA